GAACCCGUACGAGUGGCAUCUGUGGGGAGACGCGGGCAGUGGCACGGGCAGAGAGACCGAGAGAGACAGUGAGGCGCCAUGGUCGACUGCGUGAGUGGCGAGUUCCCCGACUCCACUGCGCUCGGCUCGGAAACUGAGUGGGGCAGCAGCAGCACCAGCAGCGAGGGCAGCAGCAAGGGCAGCCCCCGGAGAGACUCCGGCUGCCCCCAGAAGCCGGACGAGCAGAGGCGAGCGACGAGGCGAGAGAAGAACCGAAUCGCCGCGCAGAAGAGCCGCGAGAAGCAAACUCAGAGAGCCGACAGCCUCCACCAGGAGAGCGAGUUUCUGGAGCAGGAGAACGCGGCGCUGAGACGCGAGGUGCGCGCGCUGAGCAGGCAGGCGCACAUCCUGUUCGGCGUCAUCCGCGCUCACGAGUCUCGCUCCUGCCUCCUGACAGCCGCGGGGCCCAACCACCACCAUCAGCAACACCACCACCACCACCAGCAGCAGCACCACCACCAGCAGCAGCAGCACCACCACCACCACCAGCAGCAUCAGCACCACUACCAGCCCGUCGUGUCGCCGCACCUGUUGGCACCACCCCUCAUGGCCCCCCCGGGCGCUGCUGUGGGAUACGCGCCCGCUGAUGUUGACUCGGCCGCGGGGCUCGAAUCCGCGGGGAGCUUCGCGGUCACGCAGGGCGGCAGCGGCGGCGUCAGUUAGGCAGGCGCCAUCCAUGGCAGCAUCAUCGACUUGCGGAUGGAGCAGUCACCGCAUGCCCAUGGUGGUGGUGGUGGGGGGGGGGGAGCAUUUGUACCGUACGUAUAACACCGCAUUCUCCGGACUGUAAGACGCUCCGGUGAGCGAGGCGCUACGCACCCAGCCACCCGCUCCGGCAACAACUAGGAAACAUGGAAUAAAACGUGUGCCACGUGUCAAUAAAGUGGCACUAAUUCUGGUCACGCACGCAGACAGCGACCGUAUUAUAAGACACAUCCCUCACUCUUUGUUUCCUUUAAAAUGCAGGGGUGUGGUGUUUAUGGGUAACGUUCAACUAAAGUUGCAACUAAAGUUACAUUCAAAGUUACAUUCAACAUUUCUGGGAGGCUCAACUGGAACACAUGGCCAGCUGGAAGCCACCUCCCCACCGCCUUUUGGCGUCAUCUGGUCUAACACCAUGUGCGACUAGGCUCUAAGGAAAGCUGUCUCGGGUGUGGACCAAUCAACUUCAAGGACAGGGCAUACAUUAUCAGAGUUAUGUUUUUUGUUUGCAUUAUGACUGCAGGUAUUGUGGUCUAUGCAAACAUGACUCCUUGUAAAAAAAAGGUGUCAGUUUUGUUGCCAGAUUAAAGGGUAAAAAAACAAUUAUCAUAUUUUGCUACUGGCAAAUGAG